AUGACGCUUUCUCUUCUCCACUUCAUCCUGCAAGUCCGCAGCCGUGCCACCGCCAACGACAACGGACUCCUCCGCUUCCACACGUUUAGUUUGAACGUUCACAGAAACUUGAGCAUAUCUCCUGCCAACAUGCCCGGCGGCAAGAGCGUCAGCUUUGCGCAUGCGCACAUGGGCCCGGGAGGUCAGAGUUCCAGCGAGACGGCGAAGACGGGCACCUCGCCGCCAAAGCACAAGCCUACGGCGCGCAGUCUGGAGCAAUUCCAGGACAUCCUCGCGAAGACCAGUGAGGAUUUCAAGAAGAUGCGCGUGCGCAACGAGGAGGAGCUGGCCCGGGACGCUGUAACAAACGUGGGAAAUCUGGACGCGCUCAAGAAGACGCUCCACGAAGGAAUGAGGAUGGGAGGCCAGAAGACUGGGCUCGCGCUGACGGAGAUGCUGCUGGCCGAGUUCAAGGCGGCGGUGGAUGGCGAGGUGGCUGCGAGGAACGUCACGAACGAGAGCGCCGCGAUCGCCGGAAGUAACGCCCCGGCUACCCCAGACUGCUUUGUCUGCUGUGAGGAGAGUCAUCGGCGAGCGGAGCUCGAGGGAAUCAGCCUCGCUUUUAAGAGGCGCGAGAAAUGA